CUCUGGAUCCAAUGCCCCCCCGUCAGCACCGAGAUCCACCGGCAGGGGGCGCACUCACAUCGCACGCGCGCUCCCGCGUUGCCACGACUCACCGAGACCCUCGACGCUCCUCGCGAUCUGCUCGCAAAUGUGCUGAGGACCUGAAAGAUCUCAGACCAUGGAGCUCCUCGUCUCCUGUCCCUCUCGGACCUUCAACGCUUGAGUCCCUGCAGGACGGAGAGCAUCUGGAGACGGAGGAAGAACAACGACCCCCCUGCCAAACCUGCUCGAACCCGCGGCCGCCCGCGGAAGGGAUGCUGCUGCUGGUAAAGAGGAGGAGGAGGAGGAAGGAGAUUCUGGGGAGCCAGAUGGGCUUCGCGGGGGUCCUGCUUCUGCUGUCCUGGCGGCUCUCGUGCCGACUGGACCGCGCAGACCCUGCAGGGUACGCCGUGUCCAAUGCCCCUCUCAGUGAACGUGGUCGGUGGGACGGUCGGAAGCUGCUGCAGGAACCCGGGAGCAAUGGCACACUGGAGCAGGAGGAGAACUGCACGACACCCGCACUGCACGAGUUCCCCAGGGACCUGUUCUCACCGCAGGAGCGAACACGGGGGGCCUUGCUGCUACAUGUCCUCUGUGUAAGUCUCCUCAGACCUUAUGAGAACAUCUUCCAGAACCUCUUCUAGAACCUCCUGUCCUCAUUUAUG